GAGAGGCGAGAGGUAUUUUGGGAGGAAAUAAAGUUUAAUUGGUCUCAAUUUCGUCCUAUCGUGAAGGCCGUCGGAUUAUACCCCAAUCCCGUGUCUUGUUUACGAAGAGGAUAUUGUCAGCCACGGAGCCCACAAUCAUUCUCUGGGUCGAUAUUUGCAGGGCUUAAGGCUCAUCCCAGACCAACUAAUUUGGGCCUCCAAUUAGUUUCUAACGGGAGCCUGAAUAGGAUCUUGAAAGGUCAGAUCGACAGACGAGAGGAAGAGAGUAAUGGCUGAAACAGGAACGAAGAAGAGAAAAAUGGGGGAAAGAAAAGCGGAUUCCAAGAAACAAUCUGUGAAGUGGCCCCUCAUCAAACCCAAGCAAAACCUCCAGAUCAAGCGACUCAAAGAUAUCGAUCUCUUCACCGUGCCAAAUUUCUUCACGUCUGCUGAAUCUAAGGCAUUCAUUGAAGCUGCAGAAGGAAUUGGUUUUGUUCAUCAAGGUAGUCUUGGUCCGACAAAAGGUGAAGCUUAUAGAGACAAUGAUCGAAUCUCUGUGAGUGAUCCUGUUCUUGCUAGUGCGAUUUGGGAGUCCGGACUUGACAAAUUAUUUUCUGAUAUUAAAAUUCGAGGGAAGGUUGCUGUUGGCUUGAACCCCAAUAUUAGACUCUACAGGUAUAAGUUUGGUCAGCGCUUUGGACGACAUAUUGAUGAAAGUGCUGACCUUGGAGAGGGAAAGCGCACCCAUUAUACGUUGUUAAUAUAUUUGAGUGGUGGUGUUAAAACAAAGACUCAAAAUGAUAAGGGAAACUCUAUGGAUUCUUCCUCAGAACCUCUAGUUGGAGGAGAAACUGUUUUCUAUGCUUCAAGGAAUAGCGUUGUGGCUGAGGUUGCUCCUACUGAAGGGAUGGCUCUCCUGCACAUUCAUGGGGACAAGUGUAUGUUGCAUGAAGCCAGAAAUGUUACCAAGGGUGUCAAAUAUGUAUUCCGUUCAGAUGUAGCUUUUGCUUGAGAGAGGGCUUUUAUUUUUAAUUUCAGGCGGGCUGCAAUGGCCACAACAUCAGCGCAGGAAACCGUCUGAGGGCAUGCCAUUUCAAGCUUAGCUUUUGCCUCAUCAAUCACAUAGAACGAUCGAACAGGGAUGUUAGGGGGGCCAUCUUUCUCAGCUUGGUUUCCGGGAGUAGAGUCCAGCAGCAAGGAAGCAUCGCAACCCUAUCAAUAAGUAAACAGUUCAAAAAUAUGUUAAACAACUUGGUAUCUCCUCAUUAGUCAUAACAGGAUCAUUUGUGUUUUGUGUUGUGUAAGAGAGAUUAUUAUACUCUUAUGAAGCAGUCAUGGAAGAACAUUCUAAGAAUACGAGCAGGGACUUUAGGGUCAUGCACGGAAGCAUUACAAACAGUCUCUGCAAUGAUCUUCUCGGCUUGUGGACAAGUUUGAUCAUAAUAAUGAGCAUCCAGUGCCGCCUUUGAUGGUGAAA